CUUGUAUGUAAAGUUGCCACAUACUUUCCAAAAACAUGUCACGGUCAUGGUUGUUUUGUUGUAGCAUGAACAGCCAUUUUAGAAAGAAAAAGUGUAUUAACCUUAUAGAUACGUUGAGCAAAAGCUAUUCUCAAGUAUCGAUAGCAGGAAUUCCAUCCUUUGUCAAAGUUGUUGAAGUGGGUCCUAGAGAUGGCCUGCAGAAUGAGAAAGAGCUUGUCCCCACAGCCGCCAAGAUAGAACUGGUUAACAAGCUGUCCCUGGCUGGCAUCAGAAAUAUAGAAGUGACCAGCUUUGUGUCUCCAAAAUGGGUGCCACAGAUGGCGGACCAUACAGAAGUGAUGAAAGGGAUCACCAGAUAUGACAAUGUUGUCUACUCAGCCCUUACACCUAACCUCAAAGGCUUUGAAGCUGCUUUGGAGGCGGGUGCAAGUGAGGUGGCCAUUUUCGGAGCAGCUUCAGAGAGCUUUAGCAAGAAGAACAUCAACUGUACAAUAGCUGAGAGUAUAGAUAGGUUUGGGGCGGUGGUGACAGCUGCCAGCAGGGCAAGGCUACCUGUUAGAGGGUAUGUGUCAUGUGUGCUUGGUUGCCCGUAUGAGGGAGACAUUGCCCCGCAGAAGGUGGCUCAAGUUGCCAAACUUAUGUAUGAUCUUGGUUGUUACGAGAUCUCGUUAGGUGACACGAUUGGUGUGGGUACCCCAGGGGCUAUGAAAGCGCUGUUGGCUGAGGUCAGCAAGGUCAUUCCCGUGGAGAAACUCGCAGUCCACUGUCAUGACACGUACGGCCAGGCACUCGCCAACAUUCUGGCUGCUCUACAGAUGGGUGUAAGUGUGGUUGACAGCUCAGUUGCGGGGCUGGGUGGAUGUCCAUACGCCAAGGGUGCGAGUGGUAAUGUCUCUACGGAGGACGUCGUCUACAUGCUGCAUGGGCUCAACAUCAAAACGGGUAUACAUAUUGAAAGAUUGAUAGAAGCCGGCCAGUUUAUCUCCAAAGUGUUAAAGCGACCAACACAUUCCAAGGUUGCCCAAGCAACAAAGUCUUCACUGUAGAGCUCUGGAUGUGGAACAAAGUCUUCACUGUCGAGCUCUGGGUGUGAAACAAAGUCUUCAUUGUAGAGCUUUAGAUGUGAAACAAAGUUAUCAUUGUAGAGAUCUGGGUGUGGAACAAAGUCUUCACUGUAGAGCUCUGGAUGUGGAUCAAAGUCUUCACUGUAGAGCUCUCCAUGCGGAACAAAGUCUUCAUUGCAGAGCUCUGGAUGUAGAUCAGAGUCUUCAUUGAAGAGCUCUGGAUGUGAAACAAAGUCUUCAAUGUAGAGUUCUGAAUGUGAAACAAAGUCUUCACCAUAGAGCUCUGGGUGUGGAACAAAGUAUUCACGGUAGAGCUCUAGAUUUGGAACAAUCAUUUCACUGUAAAGCUUUGGAUGUGAAACUAGUCUAUAACAUAGUCAUUUUGGAGCACUGAAAAUACAUCAUCAUCAGCUGUGGUGUAGUGAUUUACAUAUGGGACCAGCUAUCCAGUGACAUUGGUUUGAUCCCUGUGUGUUAGCAAAGAUUUUGAUGCAUAUUUAGUACCGUAUUUAUUAUUUAUACAGUGACCAAGUGUUGUUUUAAUAAUGGCGUGUGUAUGGUGUGGGAAUUGAGAACUUAUUUGUGAACAAAGUCUCCACUUAAACAUAAUAUUACAGUUUGUUGAAUCUUUCCUUUGAGGAUAUUCUUACAAGCAAGAAGAUGUUUUUGACAUCAGCUUAUAUUUUUAUUUUGUAUUUGUAAUUAUAACUGUCAGAAUUGAUCAUAUUGAAGGCAAUGUAUUCAGUGAUAUAAAGCAGUUAGCUUUCCAAUAUUUUGUUUUUAAUUAUCUUAAGUUUAAACAGUAUAUAUUUUACAAUGAUUGUGAAGUAAGUAAUGAUAACUUAUACUUAGUCACUCUCGUUGGCACGGUGUUGAGGAGAGUGUGUGGUCUUGUGUUGUGGGGAAACCGGAGUACCCAGAGAAAGCCCACUUUUCCGGAAUGGCGACUACAAACAAAACUCACAUUUAAUUAUCUUAAUGUUGUUCUUUAAUAGUUUUUCAUUUUUAUAAAAUACUUUUGCUGCAAUAAAACCCAUUAUAUAAAGCAGUUUAAAUGUGAUAUUGCCAGAAGUCUAGACAUAUUUUAGACAAAUCGGGAAAAGAAUAUUUUCCAAACUGUUUUUCGUAUUUUUUUGCAAUUAAGGCACAAAAUUCAUAUAACUUGCAACACUAUUCAUAAUGUGUGGAAGUUUGUUCUAUUGUGUCAAGCUUUUGUUGUUUUAUAGUAUACAUUUCUAUUGGAUUAAAUAUCACUAUUGUUUUGAAAUAUACAAUAACACCAUCAUUGGUUUGUACGAGGGGUGUCUGGGCAGUUCGCGGAAAUAUAUUGUAAAAUGCAAAUUAUGUUCUUCUGAA